UUUCAGAUCGUAAACAACGUUUUUUUUCCUGGAGUUGUUACAAAAACACAGUGUCGCUGAAAAUGGAUGCUAAUGUCUUCAGUCAGGCGAACGAUUGGAGGCACACUAAAGAUGCUGUGGCCAACUUUAAACGGCUGCUUCUUUGCGCUAAAUGCUCAACUGUAAUGAAGGAACCUGUGUGUCUUGGUACGUGUGAGCAUUUGUUGUGCAGGUCCUGUGCUGGCCCCCGGGCUGGAGACGGCUGUGUGGUCUGUCACAGCCCUGCGUGGGUGAAAGACAUCCAAAUCAACCGGCAACUCAGCAGCAUCAUACAACUCUUCAGCGGUCUGGACUCUCUGCUGAAUCCCACAGAAAACACAGAGCCUGCUCCAAAUGAGAUGCAAACACAGGCUGAGAAUUCCAUGUUGAAACACAAGAAAAACGUAAAGAUCUGGUUCAGUCCACGCAGCCGCAAGGUGCGCUGCAGGGUGGACAAACCCUCAGACGUCACAAUUGCAGACAGCAAGUCUUCUGCAGACAUGGCAGAGGCACAGCCAGGCAGCGUUAGUGUUCAGAGAAGAGACCUGGCUGUUUUCAAUUUCAUCUCAUCCUCCCAGGACUCCGACUCCACAAGCUCUCAAAGACGCACCCAUGACAACAGAAACAAAAAGAAAAUGAAAAAGCCUUCCUGCAGAAAACGCUUGGUGCAGAAAGCUAGUAAGGUAACCCAAAAACAAGCUAAGAAGAUGAGGCUACAGGCCAUAAACCAAGAGUGGGGGAUCAUAGAGGAGGCAGAUGGUUUAAAGGAGGAGGAGCAAGCCUGCACUGGAGGGGUGAGGAGGUCCAGUAAAAGGGUUUCUUUCCAAAGUCCUGCUGUUACCUCUGAGGAUUCUCAGCCUGAAGUGCCACAAGGGAAUAGCAACAGUUUCAACUGUGGUGGAUGGAUGAUGAAGCAGGGUCAGUCAGAAGGUGGCAAUCGUGUUCUCAGAAACCAAGCCCAACCUUGUCAGAGUGAAGCCGAAAGAUUCAUCCAACAUCACGCACUGUCUGACAACAGUCCAAACGGAUAUUCCCCAAAAGGUGUUUCUCAACAUUCUUCAAAAAGAUUGCGAGUAGAUGAACAGGUGGUCAGCUUGGAGACCACCCCCAAAAGGCCCAGGUCUUCCCCAAGCCGAAGGAAGCAAACCAGAUGGUUUGGCCAGAUGGUUGCAGCUUUAUCCAACCCUGCGACUAUGAUUAGUCCCGUGCGUGGCAAUAACACCACAAUCCACAGAAAACGGCAAGCAGACAGCUCCUGUGUCCCAGUGACGGUGGAACGUGUAUCACCACGUAGUCCCGGUACACCUGUGGGACGGUCCAACUCAGGGAGCCCCGCUGUGACGAAGAGGAACCAUAAGGGAGAAACUCUGCUUCAUCUAGCUGCAAUAAAGGGAGACAUAGAUGCUGUCAAGGAACUGCUGGAGCAAGGGGCUGACCCCAACUUGAAAGACAACGCUGGAUGGACACCUCUGCAUGAAGCAUGCAACCUGGGCCACCUGGCAGUUGUGGAGGUAUUGAUCUCUAGAGGAGCGCUGCUGAAUACACCCGGAUAUGAAAAUGACUCUCCACUCCAUGACGCUGUGAGGAAUGGACAUCUAGCCAUCGCCAAACUGCUGCUGCAGCAUGGGGCCUCCAAAACAGUACUAAAUCUAUAUGGAAAGCAGCCUGCUGAUUAUGCCAUAGGUCGAGAUAUGCAGGAGAUUUUUUGGCUGACUUCAGAAGAAUCCCAGUGUGCUGACACCUUUCGUAGCCCCUCAGCUGAUCUAUCAGUGGUGUGUGACUUUGCGAGGAGGGAUGAGAAAAUGGUGUUGUUGGCCAACAACCUGUCACAGUCAGAACAGCAGCAGCUGACCGCACUGGAACAGGUAGUUGGAGGAAGGAGGGCUGAUACCUUUUCUGGCUCAGUGAGCCAUGUGGUGGUACCAGAAGGUUCCAUGCAGACCGACCACUUCACCCUUCUGGCCGUUCUUGCAGGGUGCUGGGUCACUAAGUUCCAGUGGGUGGAAGCGUGUUUGCAGGCAGGCAGGUGGAUGCCCGAAACUGAGCACGAGGCAGGAGACGGCCCCCAUCGCAGUCGAAUCAACAGAUGGAACCUGCUCCCACCUCUCUUCGAUGGCUGUUUCUUCUUCUUACGGGGCACCUUUAAGACGCCGCCCAAAGACGAGCUGGUCAAGCUGCUCCGCGAAGGAGGUGGUCAACUUCUAAGUCGGCAACCCAAGCCUGACAGCGACGUGACACAAACCCUGAAUGCAGCCGCGUAUCACGCCCCAGCAGGGUCUGACCAGGCCCUCUGUACCCAGUACAUCAUCUUUGACCCCCAGAGCGGUCACAAGCCUGCUGUGGUCAGGCGAGGCAAAGUGUGGUCAACACCAUCCAUGUGGGUCAUCGACUGCAUUGCGGCCUUCUGCCUUCUCCCUGUGCCGAUUCCCGAAACUGCACCCUAAACAUCUUUCACUUAUUACACUUUGCUAUUAAGCAUCUUAAAAUAAUGUUUUUAAUUUGGUAACAUUAAGUUGAUGCGGAAAAUUACAAAUCAUGGUAUCAUCCAUCCGUUUUCUGAUCCCAGUCAAGGAUUCGGGGGGCUGGAGUCUGAUCAUGGUAACAUGCAAGGGUGGUGGAGGUGAGGGCUCAGUCUUCAAACCUCUGUAUUUACAGCUAACAUUAAAGCAAUAAUUUACAAGAUUCACAUUGUCUUCCUCUCCAUUUUAGAGGUCAUGAAUAGAGAGACAAAUAAAACAAAAAGUAACAUUGUGUAA